GAUUCCGGGGCGGGCGGAGCUGACGGCUGACCUUGUGCCUCCGCUCGUCAGGCAGGAGCCGGUUCCUUCUGGGGUCGCGGUGCGGCUCCUGCCGCCGGCCGUGGGCAGAGGAGGGAGCGGGCCGGGAGGUGCAGGCCAGCCGCGAGCGGACCGCAUCCGGAGCGAUGGAGUAUAUGACAGAACCCGCUGACCGCAGCCCGGGACACAUCUUGUGCUGUGAGUGUGGUGUUCCAAUUAGUCCAAAUCCUGCCAAUGUUUGUGUGGCCUGUUUACGAAGUAAAGUUGACAUCAGCCAAGGUGUUCCAAAGCAGGUCUCCAUUUCUUUCUGCAAACAGUGCCAAAGAUACUUUCAGCCGCCAGCAUCAUGGAUACAGUGUGCUUUAGAAUCCAGGGAGCUUCUUGCUUUGUGCUUGAAAAAAAUUAAAGCACCUCUAAGUAAGGUUCGCCUUGUUGAUGCAUGCUUUGUUUGGACUGAGCCCCAUUCCAAGAGGCUUAAAGUUAAAUUGACAAUUCAGAAAGAGGUGAUGAAUGGUGCUAUCCUUCAGCAAGUGUUUGUGGUCGACUAUGUUGUUCAGUCCCAAAUGUGUGGAGACUGCCAUAGAGUGGAAGCUAAGGAUUUCUGGAAGGCUGUGAUUCAAGUCAGGCAGAAGACUCUUCACAAGAAAACGUUCUACUAUCUGGAGCAAUUGAUUCUGAAAUAUGGAAUGCAUCAGAAUACACUGCGUAUCAAAGAGAUUCAUGAUGGUUUGGAUUUCUACUAUUCUUCAAAACAACAUGCUCAGAAGAUGGUGGAGUUUCUUCAGGGUGCAGUUCCCUGCAGAUACAAAGCAUCACAAAGAUUGAUCUCCCAAGAUAUCCAUAGUAACACAUACAAUUACAAGAGCACUUUUUCUGUUGAAAUUGUUCCAAUAUGCAAGGAUAAUGUUGUCUGCCUAUCUCCAAAACUGGCACAGAGUCUUGGAAAUAUGAGCCAGAUAUGUAUUUGUAUUCGAGUAACUAGUGCCAUCCAUCUCAUAGACCCCAACACCAUGCAAGUUGCCGAUAUUGAUGGAAACAUGUUCUGGAGCCACCCUUUCAAUAGUUUAUGCCACCCUAAACAGCUCGAAGAGUUUAUUGUGAUGGAAUGCAGCAUAGUCCGAGAUCUGAAACGAAGUGCUGGGGCUGGAGUCCUAUCAAAAAAACACACCCUUGGGGAGGUCUGGAUCCAGAAGACAUCUGAAAUGGACACAGAUAAGCAGUAUUUUUGUCGGACUCACUUGGGACAUCUUUUAAAUCCUGGAGACCUGGUGCUGGGAUUUGAUUUGGCCAACUGUAACUUAAACGAUGAGCAUGUCAACAAAAUGAAGUCAGAUAGAGUUCCAGAUGUGGUGUUAAUUAAGAAGAGCUAUGACCGUACCAAACGCCAGCGCCGUAGAAACUGGAAGCUGAAAGAGCUUGCGAGGGACAGAGAAGACAUGGACACAGAUGAUGAGAGGCAAUAUCAAGAUUUCCUUGAAGAUCUUGAAGAAGAUGAGGCAAUUAGAAAAAAUGUCAACAUUUACAGAGACUCCACCAUCCCUGUGGAGAGUGACACGGACGAUGAAGGAGCCCCUCGAAUUAGUCUGGCUGAGAUGAUUGAAGACCUUCAUAUUUCCCAAGAUGCCACUGGUGAAGAAGGUGCAUCAAUGAUGUCAUGAUGAGCCAUGGUAUAUGCUGUUUGCGUGUCUGUGACCUCAGAAGUCAGCAAAAUGAUCAUCAUUGCAUAGUACAUGCAUUCCUUUGAAUUUUGAGAGGAGAAUUUGGUCUUAAAAUUGAAUAUAUGACUAUUUUGAUUGUUCACUUACAGUAUUGAAAGGUUUCAUAGUUUGAUGGUUAGAAAAAGCGCUGAGAUGGAAUGUAGUUGUUACUGAUACUGAGGCAUCUAAUGCAGUUUUACCAGAGGAGCCGUAGUAGUUUUACCACUUUAGUGCUGGAUUCAAAGACCAAGUUAGGAUUCUUUGGAUAUUAGCCAAAUAUUAGAAUAUAAGCCAACCUCUUAUAUUUGUUUUAUGUUAAUUGCUUUGGCCCACUUUAAAUAACUUUCAUAUCCUUGGGGUAGGGAAAUGAAAGUAGUUUAUCAUAGGAUAACAGGGAAGUUAAUCAUUUUAUUUCUACAUAGAAUUAGUAUCCUUACCCCUUUUCUCUCCCUUCCUGGGUUUAAACUCAAGGCUUGUACUUGCAUAGUUGCUGUCCAGUCAUUAGGCUAUAACUUUAGCUUUAUAAAAAAACUUAACUGAGGGUUAUUUUAAUUUUUAUUUCAGUAGACUAAAAUGUAUUUAAAUGUGUGUAGGUUUGUAGGGAGCACAGAUCAGUUUUACAGGUUAAAUAACAAUUUGAUAUGUAUUCUACUUUGGACAGCAGCUUAGGAUGAUAGCUUGCUUUUAUUAUAAAAAGUCUGUCCCUUGUAUCAAUGAUAUAAUUUUUAAAUUCGGGGUUUCAAGUUGAGAAUAAAGACUAUUUUUUCUCUCCACUUCUGCCAUUGAACAUAAUGUACCACCGUCAGCAAGAAUGAUUGUAGAUGAUGGAAAACUACUUCUUAGUCAAGUAAUUUGCUAAGGAAAAUGUUCUAUUAAACCAAGAGUAAUGCCUUCCAUAUUCCGAAAGAAGAGUGUUGCUCGGGUUUAAGCAUUUUGAAAAUGAAUUUUUAUAACUUUGUUCCUACAAGAUUUGGUAAAUGCACCUCACUGAAUGUUCUUUACUUAGUUUGUAUGUACCAUUAAGAAUGAACUGUUUUUUAAGACUUGACUGCCUUGUUUUUGAAGUUAGGAGUAAAGGCCCAAACAUCCUCCAGUCCUUCAUUUCUGGAUGUGUAUUCAUCUAAAAAGCAUGUUCUGUCCUGGUGGUAGACUGAUGGGGACGGCAGUUUGAGCAUGACCAUAGCAAGUUCUCACUUGUUCUACCACUGGUUGAUUUAUCAAGAUUUUAAGGCAGUAUUCAUGCCCUUUUCUAAAGUGAAGUUGUUAUAUACCUAAUGUGAUUUUCCCACUUAAAAAAUUUAGUUUCCCUCUAACCUUAGUCUUUCUGGAAUAAAGAUAUCCAAAAGCUUGCAGAGUCAAGUAGCUUGCUAAAUCUACCAUUUCCAUGAGUCCCAUGGUACUCUGACUGUUCAGGUUGAAGUUGUUUAUAGUCAGCUUUGUAAAUUCUGUGAUUAUCAUUGUAUAUAAUGGAACACACACUUGAAAGCUGUUCCUUUCUUGUCAGAAGUCUGAUGAGCAAGGAAGAAGAUGAGGGAGAGUUGCUUUUGCAAUUGAGAUGUUUAGCAGAGUCAAGCUCAUACCUUGCCAGAGUCUGGGGACUCCAGGGUGUGCUUCCUUAGUUGGUGUGAGUCAAGGUUCUUAAUUUUAAUAAAUGUAUUCAUGAUGACUUCUA